AUGAAUCGUAGUUUUAGGGCACAGGACUCGCAAAUGCAAAUGCAAGCAGCAGUGGUGAAGCAAAGGCAACAAUUAAGAGCCACAAUGAUGAAAGAAAAAGAAGAAGAGCUCGCUUUGUUUUUAGAAAUGAAGAAGCGUGAAAAGGAGCAGAAUAAUUUGUUUUUAAUUAACAACACUGAAGAAUUUGAUGCUCCGUUAGGGUCAAAGCAUGGAACUUCUCCUAUAUUUCAUAUUUCGUCUUCGACGCCUGCAAGGAAAACAGGAGCUGAUGAUUUUCUCAACUCCGAGAAUGAUAAAAAUGACUAUGACUGGCUCCUAACGCCUCCCGGCACCCCUCUUUUUCCAUCUUUGGAGAUGGAAUCACAAAAGACCAUUAUGAGUCAGAUUGGUACUCCAAAGGCCCGCCCGACUGCUCUGAAAUCUAGACUAGCUAACCCUCAGCCAGAGCCUGUGGCAAGGGGCAACCUGGUAUCUAAACAAUCAGCUUCCUCCCCUGGGUUGAACUCUUCAGGUGUAGCAAUGCGCAGGCCCUCAUCAUCAGGUGGUCCAGGAUCUAGGCCUUCAACGCCAACCGGACGCACCACAGUGACUACAGGUUCUAAACCUUCAAGAUCAUCAACACCUACCUCUCGAGCCACCCUGUCCUCAUCUAAGUCCACAGUUUCUGCAUCUAAGCUGAAUGUAUCUGCAGCUAAAUCGACUGCUUCUACAAUGAGGUCCACAGUUCCUGCAAGAUCCUUAACACCAUCAAGGUCUACAGCACGAUCUUCAACCCCAACUGCAAGGUCCUCUGCACCUCCGUCCAAGUCUACGUCAAGGGCAGCAACCCCAACUCGACGACCAUCUACUCCAUCAAGUUCACCUAGCCUGUCUGCACCUCCUGUUAAGUCAUCAUCAUCAGUUUCCAGGUCAGCUCCUACAAUUACCAAGUCAGCUCCUACAGUUACCAAGUCAGCUUCCACAGUUGCUAGAAAUCCUACACCAUCACGUGGCUCUUCUCCAACUGUGAAAUCUAGGCCAUGGAAGCCCUCAGAGAUGCCUGGUUUUUCACUUGAUGCUCCACCAAAUUUAAGAACUUCAGUACCGGAACGGCCCCUUUCAGCCACUAGGGGUAGGCCUGGAGCACCCAGUGCCCGAUCUUCCUCUGUUGAGCCUGCUCCUAAUGGACGACCAAGACGGCAAUCAUGCUCUCCAUCAAGAGGACGAGCUGCCAAUGGCAUUAUGCACCCCAGUGGAAGUUCUGUUCCUGCAUUUAGUCGUGGGCAUUCUAAAAUUAAUGAUAAUGUUAGCCCUGUUGUUAUUGGAAACAAAAUGGUUGAGAGAGUGAUAAAUAUGCGAAAAUUGGCACCUCCCAAGCAAGAUGACAAACACUCUCCUCGUGGUAAUCUGACUGGGAAGUCUUCAUCUCCAGACAGCUCGGGCUUUGGAAGAACACUCUCAAAGAAAUCUUUGGAUAUGGCCAUAAGGCACAUGGACAUAAGGCGCACGAUUCCUGGUAAUUUACGGCCUUUGAUGACUAAUAUCCCAGCAUCUUCAAUGUACAGUGUGAGAUCAGGGCCUGCAAGAAGCAGGACAGCUAGUGUUUCAGACUCCCCUCUUGCAACGAGCAGCAAUGCUAGUUCAGAAGUGAGCGUCAACAACAAUGGUCUUUGUUUGGAUGGGAUUGAAUUAGAAGAUGAUAUUGGCACUGAGAGAGGUGGCCGGUCCCCUCUACGAGGCAGAUGA